GAAAAUAACAAUAUCUGCAGCCGGAUGAAGUUUAUAUUUCUAGUUUUCAUGAUAGAGAGAAGUUUAUACAAAAAGCAUUCGGAGUACGAAGACAUUGUGAUGCCACCAGAUACAAGAUAGUUGUGGUACUUUAAAGAAUGUAUAUUAAUUGAUAAAAAUGCUGACGUUUGUUUUGAUGUUAUUAACCAAAUACAUUAUAUUUUUACAAAUAGUAUAUGAAACAAAAUAGCUAACUCAUGCUGCAUGUUGCUGUUUUCACAUUUUUCAUAUUUCAAAACAAGUAAAAGUGAAAAAUUUCAACCACCGAUUUUAACUUAACCAAAAUCAAUGGAGCGUUAAAUCAGAACUUGUCCCGAUCUGGGAGGACGGGUUAGCUUAAACCCCCUUGUUUACCAAUCCAUUUGCUGUCUUUUUUUAUGCCAUGCCAUGGCCUGGCUUGGUGCCACACCAAGUUACCGUGAUGAAUCGUCUCUAUACAAUUACAUCAUGGUUUGCCCGUGCCCGUAUGUCAUUGCAUUCUCCAUAAUGUGAGUGAUUCGAGCUUAUGUCAGUCGUCAGAGUACAUCUGUUGUUGUAAGGACGGUAUUUUCACAGGCUGCCAGAAAGCAUCUGCAUCAGUCGGCGGGCUUCACGUCUUGAUGGAAUCUUUCUUCGGUUUCACAGCCAAUAGGAAUGAGCGAAUUGCUGUGAGCUGCUCCCUUGGGACCUUGCUACUGUAUGUCUCUGGUGCCUGCACGGACACGCUGUGACAUUACGACAGACAGGGCAAGGAAGAGGUCAGCGCUGCUUGGCGCUUAACCUGUGAAUAGGAGCAGGGCUUCCAGGCAAAAAAUGCAGCAAGAAUGAGUGCAACUGGAGUAGCAGUGCUCUGGUGAGACGGUGGCAGUAGACGAGUAUCUACGCUUUUCUUGUGUGCGCCGAACCUGCAGCGACCGACGUUUUUUGUCGAUGGGUUAGAUUCUGCACUGUGGGAGUGGAGUGACCGACUACUGACAGAGGCACUGUUGACAAGGACCUUCGUCACUACCUCAAUUUACGGUUCCAAAAAGGUUCGGUUGACCACGAACUUCAGCAGAUUAUCCGCGAUAACCUCUACCUACGGACAGUACCCUGUACUACAAGGCCACCUAAAGAAGGAGAGGUCCCUGGUGUUGACUACAAUUUUGUGACUGUGGAAGAAUUUAUGGAACUUGAAAAAAGUGGUUCACUCUUAGAAAGUGGGACUUACGAAGACAAUUACUAUGGCACUCCAAAACCUCCAGCAGAACCAACGCCACUUCUGCUAAAUGUAACAGAUCAAAUUCUGCCUGGUGCUAGACCUAGUGCUGAGGGAAAAAGGAAAAGAAAUAAAUCAGUAAGUAACAUGGAAAAAGCUGGAAUUUCCCCUCCUGAAGAAGAGGAAGAAGAAGAAGAAGAGAGACCUGUUAUCAAUGGAAAUGGAGUCAUAGUACCACCAGAAUCUGGUGAACAUGAAGACAAAAGCACUGAUGCCUCAGAUGAGAUUUUUUCACAUCCUUGCGCUGCACCAGUCUAUGGCCUUAUAAAGGGAAUGAAAGAAGAUUCUGUUUCAGAAAAACAGACAAGAGUCGAAGAUAGUGAUGAGUUGGGCCCAUUGCCUGAGAACUGGGAGAUGGCAUACACAGAAAAAGGCGAAGUCUACUUUAUCGACCAUAACACCAAGACAACAUCUUGGCUUGAUCCACGAUUAGGUAAAAAGGCAAAACUUCCAGAAGAGUGUAAAGAUGAUGGAGACAAGCUGCAAUCUGGAAACACAGGACAGAAGUUAGAACUUCCAUAUGGUUGGGAGAAAAUAAAUGAUCCAGUCUAUGGCACCUAUUAUGUUGAUCACAUAAAUCGAAAAACCCAGUUUGAAAAUCCUGUUCUUGAAGCAAAGAAGAAGUUGCAGCAGCAACGUCCAUUGCAGCAGGAUCUAGUGCUCUACCCUAUGCCAGCAGCUGGUUUCCGAGAAGGCUCAUCAUCAACAUUACCUAGACCCAAACAUACCUGCCCAGGCUCUCUGCCUCAGCGGUCGCGCAGUACGAAUGACCUGUCUCAGUAUCGGACUGACAGUGCUGGAAUGUACAGGCUGUAUGAAAAGCCACUCUUCACUCGAGAUGUUUCACAGCUGAAGGGAACGUUUCUUACAACGUCACUGAAGAAGAGCAGCAUGGGGUUUGGAUUCACCAUUAUUGGUGGUGAUGAGCCUGAUGAAUUUCUGCAAGUAAAGAGUGUGAUACCAGAAGGACCAGCAGCAGUAGAUGGCAAAAUGGAAAUGGGUGAUGUGAUUGUCUAUAUAAAUGAUAUCUGUGUCCUAGGAUAUACUCAUGCUGAAGUAGUUAAAAUUUUCCAGUCUAUCCCAAUUGGCCAAUGUGUCAAUCUUGUUUUAUGCCGUGGGUACCUUUUACCCUUUGAUCCUGAUGACCCAAACAACAGCAUGAUGCCUCCUUUAACAUUAGUGAACCGGCAACCAAUACAAAUAAAUGGGAGAAGUAAUUAUGACACUUAUGUGGAGUUUGGUUCCCGGACUUCUCGCUCAGCACCAGACAUCUCUGACCAACAUUUACAUUCCUUUAAUCCAAUACUCACUGAUGACCAGGUGAAUGGAACAUUAUCAACAGUUCAGGAGGAUAGUGUCUCUAUGGCCUCUUCAGGAGCCACUCAGUGUGAAUUCAAGAAAAUUGCAAUUGUGAAAGGAGCGCAAGGCUUUGGCUUUACCAUAGCAGAUAGUCCCAAAGGGCAGCGAGUGAAACAAAUCCUAGAUAUUCAAGGCUGUGGUGGCCUUAACGAAGGUGACCUAAUUAUGGAGAUUAAUCAGCAAAAUGUGCAGACUCUCAGUCAUACCCAAGUAGUGGAGAUUUUAAAGGACUGCUCCGUUGGAACAGAGAUCAAUUUGGUCAUCCAGAGGAGUGGUUUUUUCUCACCUUGGAAGAGUUCAAAACAAAUGUUAGAUAGAUGGGAAAAUCAGGGCAGCCCUCAGGCAAACUUCUCAGCCCAGUACCUGCCCCAUAGUCUUCCCUUCCCACCUCAUAUCCAAGGGGCAUCUCUUCCUGACUCUUCAGAUGGAUUUGAUCAAAGGAAGCCUGAUCCAUAUGAGGUUUAUGAGAAAUCAAGAGCCAUCUAUGAGAGUAGACAGCAAAUGCCACCAAGGACUGUAUAUCGGGCUGAUUCAUCUGGUCCAGACUACCGAGAGAUAGAUGUUUAUUUACGCAGACAAGAGUCUGGGUUUGGCUUUAGAAUCCUGGGUGGAGAUGAGCCUGGUCAACCAAUUCUUAUCGGAGCAAUCAUUACAAUGGGUGCUGCAGACACGGAUGGUCGUCUUCGCCCUGGGGAUGAAUUAGUUUACGUGGAUGGAAUAUUAAUUACUGGAAAAACUCAUCGUUAUGUGAUAGAUCUGAUGCAUAAUGCAGCACGAAAUGGUCAUGUCAGUCUGACUGUACGGAGGAAGAUUUUGUGUAUAGGUGGGCCAACUUCUGAGAAUGGACGAAGUCCAGGAUCUGUAUCUACACAACACAGUUCUCCCAGAAGUGAUUUUGCUGUUUGCCCAAAUAACACACAAGCACCUCCCAGUGGUUCCUCACCUGCAGAGAGUUUGGUCAGUCAUGGUGUACAGGCCAAUGACAUUAUUAUAUAUCGUAAAGAAAGUGAAGGCUUUGGCUUUGUGAUCAUUAGUUCAUUAAAUAGACCAGAAACAUGUGCAUCAAUGGUGCCUCACAAAAUUGGACGGAUUAUUGAGGGGAGCCCAGCAGAUCGUUGUGGAAAACUCAAGGUUGGCGACCGCAUCCUAGCAGUGAAUGGGCAGUCCAUCAUUAACAUGCCUCAUGCAGAAAUUGUGAAGCUAAUCAAGGAUGCAGGCCUUAGUGUGACUCUGCGCAUUGUUCCUCAAGAGGACAUGAGCAGUCCUGCUUCAGCACCAGGCUCAGAUAAGCAAAGUCCUCUGGCACAGCAGCACAGUCCAAUGGCACAAAAGAGUCCUACACCACAGCAAAGUCCUAUAGCACAACAUAGCCCUGCUGUACAACCACCUCCUCUUCAGCCACAUGGACAUAAUGGCAGUUACAGGUCAGAAGUAAAAGCAAGACAAGAUGUCAAACCAGACAUUAGGCAACCACCAUUUUCAGAGUACAGACAAGCUCCGACAUCAGAUUAUCGACAGCCACCAUCUCUAGAUUACAGACAGCAGCCUCUCAUAGAUUACAGGCAGCCACCUUCUGACAAUAGACAGUAUGGAGUGUCUGAUUACAGACAGCCACAGGAUUUUGAUUAUUUUACGGUUGAUCUGGAGAAAGGUACCAAAGGAUUUGGAUUUAGUAUUCGUGGAGGACGAGAGUACAAAAUGGAUCUCUAUGUGCUGCGUUUAGCAGAAGAUGGCCCAGCAAUCAGAAAUGGGAGAAUGAGAGUUGGGGAUCAUAUCAUUGAAAUCAAUGGAGAGAACACAAGAGAAAUGACUCAUGCCAGAGCAAUCGACCUGAUCAAAUCUGGAGGGAAAAGAGUACGUCUCCUUCUUAAACGUGGGACAGGUCAAGUGCCCGAGUAUGACAACCACAGCCGGAAUGCUUCCUCUGCAGGCUCCCCAGGCCUGUCGGAAAUUACCAUAAUUCCUGAUGAUCUGAUACCACCACCAUCAUCAUCGCAUUCUGCCCCAACCAAUGAUUCCAUUCACCAGCUAGCCCCAGGGACAUUAUGGGACAUCAAGAAAGAAAAUGAUAUCGUGAGAAGGGAGCACUCUGCAAAUCACUAUGGGAGGAGCAGAAGAGACAGAUCAGAGAGCCCAGGAAAAGUGGAAAAGUUGAAGCAGCAUCGAAGCUCGAAGAAGAAUCUUUCAAGGCUCUGUAAAGAAAAUAGUAAAAAAACAUAUGGUGGCAGGACCACCUCUGAAAACAGGACAACUGGGAGGAAAUAUUUUACAGACACUAAAACAGGGGAGGGCAAGUUUUAUGAAUCAAACAAUGAGAAACAUAAACGCGGUAGAUCCAUGUCUCCAGCUUCCCGAAGGGGAAGGUCUCCUGGAAUGGAUUAUAAAAUUGCCGAUAUCACUGAGAGAAAAUUGCUAAAAACACAGAAACACAGGAUGAAAUCAGCAGAUUUUGGCUUACGAACUGAUACUGGUGAUGUUGAUAACUUCCAUGAAAAUGCCUUAGAACAGGUCAUCAAGGACCUUAAACGAGAUCUCAGUAAGAUCUCCGGUGAGGAGCAUACACGUUCAAAUCUUGCUAUUCAAAGUAACAACACUAUAACCCGAAAGUCAACUGUUUCACCUGGGCCAUGGAAAAUUCCUGGUUCUGAUAAGUAUCCCAGUAUAAUGAAAUCUGGUGCUGCCACCAUGGACAAAUGAAAUAAUAAUAUAUUAUUCUCCCAAUUGUCAGAUAGAUGCAGGACAUUCAGCAUUUCCCCUUAUCACGUUAUUUAUCUAACUUAAUUUGAACAGUUACUCAGCCUUAUAAACUGGAAGCAUUUGCAUUAACAAUAUAGUGAGAAUAAUAUUCAAUGGAGCAAUGAUAUGUUUGGUCAUAAAAGACUUUAAAGAAAGCAACCAGCAGUAUUUUAAACCUUCUGUAAACUGAUGUUUACCACUAUGCUAUGGGGACAGUGACAACAUCUGUGAGCCAAACCAAUGAACUGUACGGAGCAGUGCAGUAUGAUUAUGUUGGUAACAACAUCAGAGAACAAGAAUAAUAUUGGUGCUUUUGUUGAAAACAAUGUUUAAAGUAUGAAGGAUUUACUUCAUCUGUAAGCUGCGGUCAUAUCUGUUGUAUCAGUAAUCUUUGUACUAGUGGGAACAUCAGUUGUUAGAGUCUGGCCUUAAGUAAAACUGCACUGAAGAGUAAGGCACCGAAAAAUUGGAAGUCUAUGUAAAGCUGAAUUUUUGUAAAUAUUCACUUAAUAGGACAAAGGCCUAGCCCAGGGGUUAAAGUUUUCUAUAAUACCGGAGCCUCAUCAGUAGGAAUAACACAAGUGAACAUAUUUAAUUUAAAUUUCAUCUUGUAUCAAAGCAACCCAAUUUUUAGGUCCACCUCAGUGAACCAAGCACAAUAAUAGUGUCAUAGUAAUAAUGCAGUUGAUUUUCAUAUUGAAGUUUACUUAUGGUGAACGUGAGCACAGUUCACCUACUUUAUCCUCUGGCCUAGCCAUAAUCUGAUUUCUGCCAUUAAUGGUAUAGUAAAAUCAGGUUUUGGGAAAUGCUUCUGUAUUGUAGUGCACGUACCUGUAUUACCCCCUGAUUUUAGGUUUAUGGAAAAGUGGGAUUAUGAUUGCAGAAGCAGACUACAUUUUGCACAGCUCACAGCUCUUACUUGUGCAGUAAUUGCUGUAUGCUAUCUGUAAUCAAAUGAUCUAUGAACAUGACAUGUCACUUACCCUUUGGAUAAAUAUUGCUGUGUAGUGUUAGUUGUGAAUUUACCUUGUACAGUAUCUCUAUAAAUAUGAUUCCAUGUAUUAUUAGUCACAAAGACUGUAAGUGAGCAACUAUUUUUAUGAACUGCACCACUGCGGAUAAAUUAACUUUUACAGAAAACUUGUUUAUGAUAUUCUAUCUGAAACACUGUCAAAUAAAGUACAUACUCUGAAACGAGUGUUGUCCUGAGUG